AUGGGGACUCGGUAUAUAUCUCAAUUUUCCGCCUCCGCCGCUGAGCUCACCUUGGGUCAGGGCAUGAUGGCUUCACACCAAUAUGAGCUACUCGGCAAGAUAUCGGAGAUGGAGAAAUCUGCGGGCAAGAUAUCGGAGAUGGAGAAAACUCUGGGCCAACUGUUGGAUUUGUCGAACUCAAUAACGCAGGAGCUUCGCUUACUACGCCCCCCUUCCACGAUGAUUGAAAACUACAAUCCCAGCCAUCCCAACCCAGAGGCCUAUGAUCUUUACCCAAGCUUACCUGAGGAUUUGGAACAUUCGUUAAUGACGGUAAAUCAAGGGGAAUCUAGAUCUGUAUGUUUAUUCGUGUCUUCUUAUGAGGACGAAGAAUACACUAAUGCAGUUUACGAAGUCAAAUUCAAACACGGAGGAGAAGUCAGUCAUGAACCCCCGUUGGUUAGACAUGUUGCCACGUUUCGCGAAGGUUAUUGUCGUCAGGCUGCUCGGAUUUUCAACCACUCCAAAUUAUACUCUUUGGGCCAUGACGGUGGGUUUAUUGUUGACACGGAAACUUGGUCAAAAUGUUCAUCUAUUCCUCCUAUCCCAGCCUCUAAUUCACCAGUGUGUGCGUAUGACAAGGUUUAUUAUCUUGCAUGUCGAUCAUGCUUCCAACCAAUUUCGGAGCCUUCCUUUCGGAGAUAUGAUCCUAAUCAGGAGGUUUGCGAGCAACUGACUUCUUUUCCAUUUUAUGAUGAUUAUGACGACCGUAUGCGAAUAACUGGUUAUGCUGUUUGUUAUGGUGUUAUUUUGUUUUCAUUGUUUGGCUUGAGAAAUGGGAAUUUCGGUGUCGUUGCUUUUCACGUGGGUAGAAACGAUUGGAAUCGAGUUAAAGUUGACACUUCUACUUAUUGUUUUCCUCCUUUCCAAGGGAGGGCUAUAGUUGUAGGCGAGACUAUCUAUGCCUUAUAUGGAGAGGCAGAGAUUAUUGCCUUCUCCUUUGGGCUUGACAAAGAUGAUGAUGAUUGUAUUGCAUAUUCCCUAAGCCAACAGUUUAUAUUGUACGGCCUUGAGUUCGCACGUCCGGUAUUGCCAUGGUUUGACGAUCUGACACAAUAUUUGGUUCAUUUGGGGAACCACGACUUUUUCCAUGUCCAGACUGGUUGGUGUGAUUCACAUCUCAAGGUUCAAUAUCUUAGUAUCACUACAUUUCAAAUUGUUGUUGGAGAAGGAGGAAGAUAUAUGAUCAAGACCAUACAUUCAACUGUGCAUUCUGUGGAUAUCAAGGGCUCUGAAUGGUUCGAUCUUGUUUUUUGCUUCACGCCUGAGUACGGGGAUUAUGAACUCAUAGAAGGGAAGAGUGUGACCAGUGUCAAUACCCCAAAACAAGAAGAAAGAAACGCCAGGAAGCUGGAAAUAGAAGUCGUGGAGCAUGAAGAAGUGAAUGAUGCCCCAAUCGGAUAUUAG